CUCCUCUGUCCACACCACCACCACUUUCCAUCAUGUCAGACAAGGCAGCCAAGCGCGCGCGUUUCGAGGGCGUCUUUGACAAGAUUGCCGACGAGCUCAUCGACUACCUCAAGCAGAAUGGCAUGCCGGAGGAGGCGGUUGCGUGGUACAAGGCCAACCUCUACCACAACGUCCCUGGCGGCAAGCUGAACCGCGGCCUGUCGGUCGUCGACACGCUCGAGAUUCUGAAGGGCAAGGCGCUCACCGACGACGAGUACUUCAACGCGGCCCUCCUCGGCUGGUGUGUCGAGCUGCUCCAGGGCUUCUUCCUCGUCUCGGACGACCUGAUGGACGCUUCCAUCACCCGCCGCGGCCAGCCAUGCUGGUACCGCAUGCCCGGUGUCGGCACCAUCGCCAUCAACGACUCGUUCAUGCUCGAGGCGGCCAUUUACUACCUGUUGAAGAAGCACUUCCGCCAGGAGAGCUACUACAUUGACCUGGUCGAGCUGUUCCUCGAGACCACCUUCCAGACCGAGCUUGGCCAGCUCAUUGACCUUAUCACUGCGCCUGAAGACAAUGUCGACCUGAGCAAGUUCUCGCUCCAGAAGCACCACCUCAUCGUCGUCUACAAGACCGCCUUCUACUCGUUCUACCUCCCCGUCGCGCUCGCGUUCCGCGUCGCCGGCGUCAAGGACGAGGCCGCCUACAAGGCCGCCCUCGACAUCCUCAUCCCCAUGGGCGAGUACUUCCAGGUCCAGGACGACUACCUUGACGCGUACGCGCCUCCCGAGGUUCUCGGCAAGAUUGGCACGGAUAUCCUGGACAACAAGUGCUCGUGGAACAUCAACACGGCGCUCAAGUUCGCCACGCCCGAGCAGCGCCAGAUCCUCGACGACAACUACGGCAAGAAGGACUCGGUCGCCGAGGCCCGCGUCAAGGAGCUCUACUCGCAGGCGCCCAUCUCCAUCCCUGAGCGCUUCGAGAAGUACGAAAAGGAGAGCCACGACAAGCUCACCGCGUUGAUCGCCCAGGUCGACGAGUCGACCGGCGUCCGCAAGGAGGUCUUCACCUCGUUCCUGGAGAAGGUCUACAAGCGCCAGAAGUAGACUGCUAGACAUUGCAUAUGCAACUGCAUAAUCGGAUA